UUAUACAGUAGGUCUACAGACCAGUGACAUUCAGUGUCUCUAUGUCUGUGUAAGCUGUAUAAACCCAAAAUGAAUAUUUUACGGUCGUCUUUGUCCAGAUUUUAUGGAACAGCCCAUAUCUGCAGUAUCUCUACAGGCAAUCCUGCAGUAACCAGUGCCUCUCACCUCAGAUCAUUUAGCAGCUGGAUUGUGCCAAGAGUGUGUUCAGUUCCUCAGAUUUCCAGAUGUGGACCACUUGCUUCACGAGCUGAGGGUUCAGGAAUUUUCCAGCAGCAUUCAUGGCAAUACCAGCAAAUACGAACACGGAAAAGAGGUUUGGAAUAUCAGCCCAAGAACAUUAAACGCAAGAGGACUCAUGGCUGGAUCAAGAGGCUCAGCUCACGAGGUGGCAUUGAAGUGAUUCUGCGUCGUAUGUUGAAGGGACGAAAAUCACUCACACACUGAAGAUUUCUGUUGGAGGAAACUUGUGGUUCACCUGGAAGAUUUUCCCAAAGUACAGAAACUGAUUCUGAAAUCCCCAGAGACACCAUAUGAAGAACUUGUUAACUUGUGAUACUGGGUGUAGCCUUCCAUGUGCAUUCAUAAUGGGUGGGGGUCAAGAAACUGGCCAUUGUCAAACUAGUGGGAUUUUCCCAAAGAGGAAAAUCUCUGUAGUUUCAUCCUAUUAUCUAUGCCCUGUCUUCAUUGGAUGUAAACAUUAAAAUAUGCAGACUGAUGCAUUCUGUGGUUGAACGAAGUUAUGUUAAGAUAAAAUGUCAUUAAUAAAAACGAUCUGUCAAAAUAA